GCGCCCGGCCCCGGCAAGUCCCUCCUCCGCCUCGGCACUGCGGGCCGCCUCCAUCCCUCCCUCCCCCGGCCGUAGCCUCCUCCGGCGGCAGCGGCGGUGCCCGCCGGCCCCAUGGCGGCGGAGCCUCAGCCCAAGGCGCUGACUCGCAAGCCCCUCCUGCUCAACAAAGUGGAGGGCUCGCAGGAGGUGGUGAACAUGGCAGCGAUAGUGCCCAAGGAGGACGGGGUCAUCAGCGUCUCGGAAGACAGAACAGUUCGUGUCUGGCUGAAGAGAGACAGUGGGCAGUACUGGCCCAGUAUAUACCAUGCAAUGCCAUCUCCAUGUUCAUGCAUGUCUUUUAACCCGGAAACCAGAAGGCUGUCCAUAGGUCUAGACAAUGGUACAAUCUCAGAGUUCAUUUUAUCAGAGGAUUACAACAAGAUGACACUAGUGAAAAGUUACCAGGCUCAUCAAAGCAGGGUCAUCAUGAUUCUGUUUGUCCUGGAGAUGGAGUGGGUGUUGAGCACGGGACAAGACAAGCACUUCACGUGGCACUGCUCGGAGAGCGGCCAGCGGCUGGGCGGGUACCGCACCAGCGCGGGUGCCUGUGGCCUGCAAUUUGAUGUGGAAACCCGGCAUGUGUUUGUUGGGGACCAUUCUGGGCAAGUGACCAUCCUCAAACUAGAGCAAGAGUCCUGCAGCCUUGUCACCACAUUUAAAGGACACACAGGUGGUGUCACUGCUCUCUGCUGGGACCCAAUACAGCGAGUUUUAUUCUCAGGCAGCUCUGAUCAUUCCAUUAUAAUGUGGGAUAUUGGAGGAAGAAAAGGAACAGCCAUCGAGCUGCAAGGACAUAAUGAUAAAAUUCAGUCUCUCUCCUAUGCUCACCACACUCGGCAGCUCAUCUCCUGUGGUGCAGACGGGGGAAUCGUCGUCUGGAACAUGGAUGUUGAGAGGCAGGAGACCCCAGAGUGGCUGGAUAGUGACUCCUGUCAAAAAUGUGACCAGCCUUUCUUCUGGAACUUCAAGCAAAUGUGGGACAGUAAGAAAAUAGGCCUCAGGCAGCAUCACUGCCGGAAGUGCGGGAAAGCCGUGUGCGGGAAGUGCAGCUCCAAGCGCUCCUCCAUCCCCCUGAUGGGCUUCGAGUUUGAAGUGAGGGUCUGCGACAGCUGCCACGAGUCCAUCACAGAUGAGGAGCGGGCGCCUACAGCCACUUUCCAUGACAGUAAGCACAACAUUGUUCACGUACACUUCGAUGCCACCAGGGGAUGGCUGCUGACCUCGGGGACAGACAAGGUCAUUAAGUUGUGGGAUAUGACACCAGUAGUGUCUUGAUGUUACAUCAGUGGAACUCGAAAGGUGAUAUUUAUGGAAGAAACGGAUUUCCUAACCCCAAUUAUACUGCAGAAGAUAGAUAACACUGGGCACAUACGGCAGAUGAGAAAGGAACUAAUGUGUUUACAACAACUUUAUGUCCUCUGCUUGAUCCAGGCUGAACAUUUGCACGAAGACUCUUUCCACUUCUUCUCAAAAUAUACAAGAAGGUAUUUUUUUAACUAACAGUUUGUACGAUCUGACUUUGGUUGUCUUGAGUUCAUUUGGAAAAAUCUGUGUGCAGUGCAACUUUUAGUUUUUAUAUUUCAGUAUGUCAAGAUACUUGCUGCUUUGUACAGAGGGUUCUUGGGUUGUGUCUUCCUCUGUGAGUUUUCGGUGUCAACAGACUGCGUAAGGCAAUUGGCUCUCCCUGCAGCCAGUACCUGCUGGUUUGGGAUAUUUCUGCUGACCAUGCUCUCUCCAGAGGAGGAAAUCCAGGCAUGGUCUCUGGGUGCAUCACCAAGGAGCUGAUGGACUAUUGCAAUUCCUAAAAGGGCUCUACCAUCUACUUGUCCUAGUGGGCAUCAUCCAGAGAGCAUUCAUUGGUCUGUAUAAUCUUCCUGCCUCUUCCUUUGCUACACAAGUCGCAGAACCAGGAGUCAGGUUAUUCAGCAACUGAUUUGUACAGAAAACUGAAAUAGUUUUCUAGCUCAGAGCAUUCUAAGGAGCACACAGACUUGUUUGAGUUUGAUGAUGCUGACAGUCUGAUUCAAAUGAAAUUAUUGGCAACAGGAACUUUUGUGAGUGUGUGCAUGGAGGGGGACAGAUCUAAAACUGGUCUAGAUCUGAAAAGUCUGGUUUAUCUCUACCUCUACCUCUACCUUGCACAGCAACAUUUCAGAAUUUAUACCUGUCUGUGUUGUUGAAGAUGAAUUUUUUUCUUCCUGUUUUCCACACGGUUAGUCAUAUUUAUUUUUUUAAAUGCUGAUGGUUUUUAUUAAUUUUCUCUAUAGACCCAGAAGUGAUAUUGCUGAAUGAUGCCCAUUGUCCUGUUGUCAUACUUUACAGUCUCUCUUAAAAAUAAACAGUAUUUAAAAACCUG